AUGGCUGAUAGAGAAAAUGAACCUUCAGAAAUUGAAAAAGAAAAAACGACGUGAGUUAAUGUUAUAUUGCAGCUUUUGACAAGUGACAUUUUUUUCAGAAAUUUGAUGGUUUCACAAUGGUCUUCUCUGAAUUUGACGUGAGUGAAAAAAUAAUUUUAAAUUUGAUAUAUGAGAAAUAUAUAUAAAAACCAAAAAAUUUCAUAGAAUUAUGUAUAUGAAUUUUUCCAGAAAAUCGAGCAUUCCAUUUCUCAGUUUGAAGUGAGUGAAACUAUUUUUAUUAAUUUCAAUGUUUUAUUGUUUAUUGUUAAAUCGGAAAAAUUUCAGAGAACUCGAGGAUUUGAAUCCAAAUAAAUUUGAAUCGGACAUAGAAGUGUAAGUAAAUGUGUUUCAUUUCAUAUAUGCUGACGAUUAAAAAAAAUUUCAGAACUGUUCCUGGGAUGAAAGGUUCGAAAAAAGUGCACGAACUGACUCCUGAGGAAUUUUUGAAAUAUUGUGGUAGUGUGAAUGCGCCUAUGAUUUCUCAAGAAUCACCUUCGGUUUCUCAAGAAAGUGCUACCACUUCGAAAAGUAUGAAAGAACUAAAUAACUUAAAAGAAUUAUUGUCUGGUUACGAAUCAAUACAGACAAUUCAAACAAAUUUCGUUGAGCUUGAUGGAAUCAAAAAAAAAUUGAAGGCAGACAUUGUUGCGUUGGAAAAAUAA